UAUUUAUGGAGUUAUGAUUGUGUAUGCAUAUACGUAGAAUCUCUCGCGGCGACACAGCUGAUUCACCCGAUUGUUGUACCGGAUAAAAAGAUGAACGAGCGUUAUUCGCAAUAACGGAGCUACUUUGCUGAUCGAGAAGGAAAAUCACACCUCGGAGGGACACAAAGAUGGGAUGUUGCUACAGCUUUUGCAAGGAGGACAGCGGGCCGCAGAGUGGAGAAGCGAACGAGAGAACACACUUGCUGGUAGAUCCCGUCAGUAAUAAUACAAACAUACCGAGAGUACAUAGUGACGAUUAUGUUAACCAAUACGCAAGCUCCGUGCCUAAGAAGACGGAUGAGCAGAGUGCAUUGAAUAGAAUUUUACACGAAACUGCAGCCAAUGUCAUAGAUGUGGGCGCAUUGGAUACGCAUAAUCUGGAACAGCACGAAUACAUGGAUAGAUCUCGCGCGUAUUCGAGGAGAAUAGAAUCGGGCCGAAUUAAACUCCCCGAGGCUGCGUCUUGCCUACUCAAGGACAUACCUGCUCCGGAACGAGUAUUAGCGGCCGAUCCACUCGCUGUUGAAGAUGAAGAACUGAUUACAGAAAUGCUCAACAAGGCUGUGACAGCGUUAGGCGAUGUAAAGGUCGAACACAAGGAAGAUUUGGUCGUUCCAUUUCUAUCGUGAUCGUUAAAUGUCUCUUGAAUUUAUUUAUAAUUUCACCUCAUUUGACUGGAACAUCGUACGUUUGUCCAAGAUAAAUCGACCCGGCUCUGAAUUACCACACUUGUUCUGAGAUGAAGGAUCGAUUUUAUUAUCUAAUAUGUCGUGUAUUAUAAAGAGUGUUAAAUUACUAUUAUUGAUUUAUUGUUUAUGCUUGCUAUGUACCAAUAGCUUUACGAUUAUUGAAUAGAGAUAUACAUUUUUCUCUCUCUUAUUUUUUACUUUGAGGUUUAGAAUUAAGAUGUGCGCCAUAAUCUUUUGCACAUUUUAUCCAUAUAAAAUGUUUAUGUAAAAAAUUGAUUUGUAAUGUUACUACCGCACGCGAGCACUGAUGGCAUCAUUUUUGGCCAAUUUUCAAUCUAUUACUUUUCUACAAAUAUAUCGAAGGAGAUUAUUUUUCGCGACUUGCCUAUCACAUUAUAUAUAUAUAUUAUCUUUAAUAUAAUAUAAUAUAUGAUAUCAAUUGUUAAAUACAAAUUUGAUGAAUGUUGAAGCUACUCGGUUGCAUUUUGAAAGUUUAAUUUACAAAACAAACUUUAUAUUCAAAUUAUCCAACUAUUAAUGUCUGAAUGCUUUUCAGAAGGAAAAUCGAUUUCAAAGUGACUAAAGAAUGUGCUAAUGGUUAUACGCAAUAACAGCAGAACAUUUUGUAUAUACCUACCUUCAAGUAAUAAAAAAAUGCUAUUAUAUUUUA